GUUAGUUUUAGUUCGUUCAUUCUCAUUUAAAUACUAAACAGUGUGUUUUCAAGAGGUUAAUGAGAUAGUAAUAAGUCUUAAAUAAAAGUUAAGAAUGCCGUGGCAAAGACCGCCAGAUGUGCCAGUUGGUAGAGUAUGGGGCCGGUUCAGAGGCAGGGAGCGGGAUGGUUCCCCACCACUCAUGUAUCAAAUAAGGGACAUGGAAGAACCUUAUAGAAAACCAUGCUUGGACUUGAUGCAGGAAACUUUCAUACGUGAUGAGCCUAUUUGUCAAGCUUUAGGUAUCUCCUCGGACCCAGAAUCAAUCGAAACAAUACGGAAAAACUGGGAGGAGAUCCUGUUGCAACAGAUCUCUAUCGCCUGCUUUACAGAGGAAGAUGGUGAGCCCAAAGACCUAGUCGGCUUUAACAUAUUGAUGGUUAAAUGCAAGGAUGAUGAAGAGGAAGACAUUACGAAGGUAAAGGGUGAUUCGUGGCGCAAAUGCCUGAAGACCUUAGUCUGCGCAGAGAAGCUGGUGGACGUGUUCGAGCAUUACAACGUGGAUAAAUACCUGUCGUCCAGCGGCCUGACCGUGCUGCCGGGACACAGGGGGCAGAACAUUGGAGCUCGUCUGAUAGACGUCAGGAAAGAACUGUGCAAACCUUUCGGCAUCAAGGCAGCCUGCACAGUGUUCACAGCCAAGACGUCGCAGGUGCUGGCGGCGAAAUGCAAUUACCAGGUCAUCGCCACCUUGCCCUACGCGGACAUGGUGAAACACGGAGUCGACUUAUCCGGCUGCAGCACCGCUGAAGCUAAGGUCAUGGGUAUUCAAUUUGAAUAAGCAUGUCAUUACUACAUGACUAGGCAUCUUGUACCUACACACACUUUAAGCUUUAGGUACUGGUUAGGACCAUCAGGUGUCUUUGCAGCAUAAGCAGGACUGAUUUAUAUUUAAAAACCGAUCAUACAGAAUGUAAGUCUUCAAAACAAGAAGCACUCAGACCGUUUCAGUCUGAGUUUUGACAUUAUUGGUAGUUAUAUGUUUCUGCAUUCGAAAUACUGCGAUAUUAAGUUCUGAACUUGGUCAGACCUCGUAGUUUUCAGAACAAUGUUUGGUCUUGGCCUUAUUACCUGAAUUUUACGACUAAAAAGAGCAAGUAACGCAUGAAUAAGUAUUUAUUUUCUUUCUUUAGUGAUUAAAGGUAAAAGUAUGUAACUAAAUCUCUGCAUUGUAUACGGUAUACCAGUUAUAUAAAAAGGUUAGUAAGUGAUAAUGAAAUAAGGAACAAAUCUAUUUUAUAAAUGUUAAUUUAUUAUUAUACACAAAAUAUUUUUAUAAAUAAAAUACUUUAUCAAAUCGCAGUGGUUUUCUUACACCUAUUUACAAAUACAAAACAUUUAUAAAUGCAUGUAACAUCACUAUAAAAAUGUC